AUGGAGCUGGGCUGUGCCAUGGCGGGCAGCGCCGCCGCCCCGCCGGGCCCCGGGCCCCCCGCCGCCGCCGGGGCCGGGCUGGCGGACAGCGAGGACUACGAGAGCCUGCCCAGCAGCGUCGCGCUCGGCACGCACAUGGUGGCCGGAGCCGUGGCGGGGAUCAUGGAGCACACGAUCAUGUACCCCGUGGACUCGGUCAAGACCCGCAUGCAGAGCCUGCAGCCCCACCCCAGGGCGCAGUACCGGGGCGUGUUCCAGGCGCUGCGCAGGAUGGUCAGCACCGAGGGCCUGUGGCGGCCCCUGCGCGGCAUCGACGUCACCAUGCUGGGCGCUGGCCCUGCCCACGCCCUCUACUUCGCCUGCUACGAGAGCACCAAAAAGUCCCUCAGCGACCUUCUGCAGCCAGGAGGGAACAGCCACUUGGCCAAUGGCAUCGCUGGGAGUGCGGCCACGCUGCUCCACGACGCCGUGAUGAACCCAGCUGAAGUGGUGAAGCAGCGGCUGCAGAUGUUCAACUCGCCGUACACGUCGGUGCUGGGCUGCGUGCGGACGGUGCACAGGACCGAGGGCUUGGGCGCCUUCUACCGCAGCUACACCACGCAGCUGACCAUGAACGUGCCCUUCCAGGCCCUCCACUUCAUCACCUACGAGCUGGUGCAGGAGCACCUGAACCCGCACCGCCAGUACCACCCCCAGUCCCACAUCGUGGCCGGCGCCGUGGCCGGGGCCGUGGCCGCCGCCGCCACCACGCCGCUGGACGUGUGCAAGACGCUGCUGAACACGCAGGAGAACACGGCCCUGAGCUCCCUCAAGAUCAGGGGGCACCUCGGCAUGGCCAACGCCUUCAGCACCGUGUACCAGCUCGGGGGGCUGCCCGGCUUCUUCAAGGGCGUCCAGGCCAGGGUCAUUUACCAGAUGCCCUCCACGGCCAUCGCCUGGUCCGUGUACGAGUUCUUCAAGUACUUCCUGACCAAGCGCGCGCUGGAGAAAAAAACAUAAAAAUCCUCCUGGGAAA